CAAAACUCAUCGAAAUCUCAUCAAAAAUGUCCUCUCAAGAAACCAAAACAGAUCAAAGAGAAGGAGCAGAGAUCUGCAAUGGCGGGUCAAACUGCAAACAAAAAGCCAACGAGAUCUUAUCGACCAUGAAUCUACCCAAAGGACUUCUCCCACUGGACGACAUGACAGAGAUCGGUCACAACAAAUCAACCGGUUAUGUCUGGAUCAAGAUCAAGAACAAGGUCCAGCAUCGGUUCAAAGCCAUCGGGAGAAACGUGUCCUACGACUCGGAAGUAACUGCGUUCGUUGAGAACCGUCGGAUGCGUCAGCUUACGGGAAUCAAGAGCAAAGAGCUUUUGAUUUGGGUUACCAUCUCUGAGAUCUUUGUUAAUGAUCAAGAUCCGUCUAAAAUCACUUUUGCUAAUCCCACGGGACUGUCACGUACGUUCCCCGUCACUGCUUUUGAAGAAGAAGACCAGAAAUAAUUUUGUUAACGCUCAUUAUGAUGCCUUUGAUUAGCGUAAUCAUCUAAUCUUAUGUAUUGUUUUCUUUCCAACACAUCUGUAUUGUUUCUUUAAUAUUCUCAAUUAAGAGUUUUUAACAAAUAAAAAAGACAAAUAAUAUUGUUAAUUAAUCAAUUAAAGACGAGAAACUGCAGAAUUUGCAGAUC